AGGGGUAGAGAGAGCCGUUACCCUGAGUAACGAUUAGAUAUACCCCGAAUCCUCAAUUUGAAGUUGUGAAACGGGGUCGCCGUAGGGGGCACAGAUAUUCAGGUAUUGCAACGAAAACAGAAUCGACGCAGACGCGAGAGCGAUAGCCAUAGUUGCUCGUCAGAAUGAGUGCGUUGUGUUGAGAUACCCGUCCCCUAGUGUUUACAAUUUUCUUUGGCAAAACUAAUCGGUGUUAUGAUUGCACAUUGUUGGAAAAUAUUUGUGAAAAUAGCACAGUGAUCAUUCGAUUUCCAAAUUGUUUUAUUCGAAAUUAUUCGUGAUACAGAUAUAUGAGAGGCACAGUGUAGGUAAAUACACUCAGUUGUAUUUCCCUGUGUUACUUCAAACUUGUGUCUUGUUACGAAAAUGGCGAAUCUUACAAAUCGCCGAUAUUCUUAUGGAAAUUUUGUAUAUAUCUAUAUGGAUAACAAAAAGUAAAACUAUUCUACGAUUCUAAUGUGGAAGAACUUUAUCGGAGCCAAGUAAGGAAAAAAUUUCGGAUAGUCAAAGAUGGAUGCAACAAUUGAGAGAGAGUGCAGUGCUUUGGGUGGCCUCUUUCAACAGAUUAUAACUGACAUGAAGGUAGCUUCCUAGUUCAUAAAAUUAUCUAAUCAGAAAAGAUAGAAUGGAGCACCAUUAUGGGAAGAUUUAAUUUCAAAAGCAACCAAAUUACAUUCUUGCCUAAGGGCUGCUAUUUUAGCUAUUUCUGCAUAUCUUGAAACCUUUCAAAAAAUUGCUGAUGCUGCAACUAGUGCAAGAGGUGCAACAAAAGAAAUUGGAACUGCUUUAACCCGGAUAUGUCUUAGACAUAAAGCAGUAGAAACACGAAUGAAAUCAUUUACUAGUGCUAUUAUGGAUUGCUUGGUGUUGCCUCUUCAAGAAAAAUUAGAAGAUUGGAAAAAAUCUUUAAUAAAUUUAGAUAAAGAACAUGCUAAAGAAUAUAAAAAAGCAAAAGCAGAAUUAAGAAAGCGAUCUACUGAUACAUUACGUUUGCAAAAGAAAAAAGCACGAAAAGGUCAUCAUUUACAAGGACAGACACAAGGGCAUGGAACAUUAUCAGGUGAUAUUGAAUUGAAUCGAAUGCUAGAAUCUUCAGCUGCUGUUGUUCAAGAAAAACGGUUAAGUUUAGAAGAAACGGAAAGAAAAGCCGUUCGCGCGGCUUUACUCGAAGAAAGGGGCAGAUAUUGUCUUCUUGCCAGAUUUUUGAAACCAGUACUUGAUGAAGAAAUUGCAAUGCUAAUGGAACUGACACACUUGCAAGAGGUUUCUGAUCAAUUACAACGACAUGCAGCCUCUCCACAUCAUUUACCUCCUGCAUCAGAGCAAGUAAUAACAGAUAUAAAAGGUUGCGAUGUAACACAGUGGUCACUUGCUACGCCGCCCUCAAGUCCUUCUCUGUCACUUGGGUCAAGAAAAAGUUCAAUGUGUUCAAUUAGUUCUUUGACUAGUAGCAGCAGUGGCUCUUGUAAAAGUCAUCCAAGUCCAUCUGGACACCCUUGGCACAGAUCACUUUCUCAGUCUGUCGGUGUCAGGCCCUCCAGCAUCAAUGGUAUGAUGACACUACGCCACUUGGUAAAUGGUAGUUCCCGUGACUCUGGCUUCACUUCUCAGGACACGUUAUACACACAACCAAUCUCUGAACAUCAGGUAUCAAAUGUGUCUUCUCAAACUAAUCAAAAUACUGGUUGUACUACAACAAGACCUGUAACUACUGCUACUUGGCCUGACUUGCAAGAAACAUCAGUUCAGUAUGAUAGGCAAAAUCAAAACACAAUCAACGAACGACCGCACACGAUUUCUUCUGCUUAUGAAAAAGGCCAUCAAAGACCAGCACUCAGUGUCUACACAUUCCAAGCUCCAGAUAAUAGUAGCUGUUGUCAUAGUCAACCCGCUUCUCCAGUUUCUUCUUCCUCUUCAUGUUCUUCCUCUAAUCAACAAGCAUCUAGAGUACAAUUGCGUAGAAAUAAUGGUAGUCAUCGCCCUCCUAUACCAAACAGAUGUUCCAGUUUAGAGCGACCAACAGUUCCAGUAAAAAAUGAACCUCCUGGAAGUCCUAGAGGGAAACCUAAGUUACCACUUCCAGCACACUUAGCAAAAGAAUUAGCAACUCAUCAACUUCAACAACCAAUGUAUGUGAACAUGCACGAAUUAGCAAAUUUAGCUGCAAGUCGCGCUCAAGAGAUGCAGUUACCUUUACCACCACCUCCUGCUUCAUUAUCAGCACCAGGAACUGAAAAGACUGAAAUUACGGAAAAAGAUGGUGGAAGUCAAACAUCAGAAUCUAGUAUUGAAUCUAGCAGUGGAUAUGGAAGUCAAACUACUAUACCGCAUUCUCAUUCACUUCAUAAUCCAACUGAAAAUGCAUGGAAUGUACCUGGUGCUGUAUCUACUUUAACGGUCCGUAGAGGAUCGAUGCAGCAAGUGAAUAAACCUCCACCACCAACAAGACGAACGUCUACUAUUAUAACUGCUACAUUCAAUAAUCCUUCAGCAGGUUCUAACGAUGAACGCACUGAUAAUACUUGCGACGAAACUGAAAAUCUUCCUCCCCCGCCAGCGUUUUUGUUAGAAGGUUCUUCACCUACAGCUAGUCCUACUCCUCAACGAUCUAUCUCAGUGUCGGAAACAGUAAGGACUCUUACAGAGUUACGUCAUACACCUGCUAGUCCAUCUCUUUUACGGAAAGCUACAGGACAAGCACAGUCGCAUAACAAUGCGUCUGCUACAUUACCACAUAAUGCUGUGUUGCAAGUAACUCGAUCAUCUGUUGAACGUUCAUGUGCAGCCAUUCGUUCAGCUUCUCAAGAACGUAAUUCAAAUACUACACAAAUAACUACUGUCAAUACAGGUGUAAAUAUUCAAGGGCAAGGUCCGGGAGGGGUUGGCCAAAGUUUUAUGGCGGUUCUCAGUGCUAAGCUCAUUAACAGUACAGGUAAUAAUGCCACAAGUGGUAACAAUACGAAUAGUAGUCCCAAAUCUACCAGAAAGCACUCCAUUGAACAGCAGAUAAGCAAAAAUUCUAAAACACCAUCUGGUUUUCUCGAGACUUUGAAUGCUAAAUUAGCGCAACAACAGCAAAACUUGCAAGGAAAUAAUACAACGAGUAGAUCCGCAAGCGUAAGACGCAUAAUGGGUAAUCGUGUACCCAUUAUGGAUCCUUUACAAGUCAGGGAUUCUCUCAUGGAUCAAAUACGAAAAGGUACCUCUUUAAGGAAAACCAGUGGUCCCAUUAACGAUCGUUCAGCACCUAAAAUUUAUUGAGUAUUAUAAUACGGAUGUUCGUACAAGUUCCUUUGUUAUUUCUGAUGCAUCUGAUAUUUGCGACCGUUGCAACAAUCGCAACACGCAUUAUCAAGUCUGAACAAUAACGUGUUUACAUCGCCAAAUAAAAUUGCGCUUAUUGCGCGUAUAUAUGUACCUUUACGAACGUACAUUUGGUAAUUGAUAAUCAGUUAGACUGACUUCUUUGCAUUUCGGUGCACUGACGUAAAAUUCAAAGAGUAAAGCCAAUUUUUUACCUGAAUUCGUUAAUAUCGUGUUUAGUUUGAUUAAAAUUAUGUAAGGAAGGCAAGCUCUAUAUUAAAUCCAUCUUUAAUUUAUAUUUCACAAUGCGUGUCAUAAUAUAUAUAAUAUAUACAUAUAUAUUAAUUCAGUGCAAAGAUAAAACGACGUGUCUUGUUUAAUUAGAGAGCCCAAUUUUAUUAUAUCGUACGCGUACUUUAUAAUUUAAAAUAAUAAGAUUUAAAUAAUAUAUUUAUAAACUAAAGUAGUAUAUUUACAUAUUAUUGCAACUUUAAGUUUUAACUUAAGUUGAUGUUUGAUACUAAUGCCUGAUGCUUGCCAGUACUAUGGAAAACCUGACUGACUGAAUCAUAUUUUAGUAGCAAUUUAAUACUUUAUAUUUUAAUUUAAAGAAGAAAUACAAAAUCUGCAUAUAUAAUUUAAUAUAGAGCUCGUGUCUUAAUGUAUUAUUAUUUUACAUGUAGUGAUUAAUUUUACCUGUAUUGUCUGUCUUUCAUUUUCCUGUAUGAAGCGCACAAACACAAUUGUCAUUUUUAUUUCAGACUAUUUUUAUUUUCUACUCAGUAUCGUGUUCCAUGCGAGCACAGGUUCUAAUAGUAGCAUUUGUCAACCAAUAUAAUACUGUUUGGUAUGACAAAAUUGAACGUAAAUGUAUGUGAGUAUUACUGCCCAGGUAGAACUUAAUUUUAGAAUUAGUUUUUAUAUUGGCCCGAUUCCAUCGAGAUUUAUAUCUUUAAUAUUUAUUCAAUAUCGAUAUACAAUAAUAUUGUAUUUUCCAGACUACAGUAUUACUGCAUUAUUUUUGUUGUUUGAACAAUGUUUGUAAGUUAAUUUUACCACACCUUGAAAGUUUUUGUAUUAACUUAGUGUAGAUUUCUUUAGAUUAUACCAAUUGUCUUUUACACAUACUGCCUUCUUGCUAGAGAAGUGACACUUUUAAAAAAUCCUUAAUUUCGAUAUGUUUGUAAAAAUUUCCCAACUUUUUUUUUAAUAGUAAACGAUAUAUAUGAAUAAUAUUUUAUAAAAAAUUUUAGAAAUCUAAAGAUUAUUAGUUAAAUUACAACAAAAUUAUUAAAUUGGUAAAUAAUUACUAAAUUGUUCAAUAAUUAGUAAUCUUCUAUUUCAAGGGUUCUAUUUUAUUUUUAUUAACUGUGGAUCACUUUUCUAGCAAAUUAAUGAUAACCACUUAGUCCUAGUUUUAAAACGUAUAUCCAUAUUUCGGAAUACCAUGGAUUUGUAUUUAGAAUACUUCGCGAUUGCAAUGUCUGUCUCUUGCAUAUUGAUUCUACAUAUCCGAAUUUUUGUAUCACUGUGUUUUUUGACAUUAGGGUAAAUAUUGUACAAUACUGUUUUAUAAUAUCGAUAUCUACGAAGUUAGGAGAGCUGUUGAGAUAUGUGCAUUUACUAUUUACUCGAGCAUUUACUGCCAACGUGUUCGACCAAUAUUCUCAUAAAUAUUGAGUCAACAUUUCGUCACAGUACUUGUGUUCUGCCUGGGCAAUGCUGUUCCAAUAUCGAUAAAUAUUAAAAGUAAACGUAUAUAUGUAUAUCAGAUCGGCGAGAAAAUUACUAGUGCGUUAAUACAUCAUUUUUGGUGAAUGUAUACCUUUGCGCAUAUUUAACUAACUGAUGAAAAUUAUGAUCCCAGUGUAACAAAGUAUUAUUAAUCGUAUUCGUCUCGUUUUUUCUUAAGUGACCAUUUGCGAAUAGGAUUCUAUAAUAUCUACUACAUGUACCGUGUUGUUUAUUCGUACGGAUAAACGGUGAUGUACUAACUACAAGCAAAAAAUAUCUAUUGAAUAGAGUAUAAUUGAAAUCUUUGGAAACGACGCCGACUGAACUGAAAACGCUACUGCCAAUUUAUAGACAUUCAAAAAUCGUUCCUUUCAUUCCUGAUGCAGGUGUUAGGUUUUGCAUUUUACUUUAGUGAAGCGUCGCUACGGUUAGUUUCUCUAGCGAACAGUGCAAAUAGUCUUAUUUAUUUCGAGCAAGCAUUUUACCGUUUACAAAUGUGGAUAAAUAGCGAACACAUUUCCAGUGAUAAUGCGAUUUGGUAUUUAAUGCUGAAGUCGAACAUAGGAAAUUACAUAAAUAACAAUAAAAAAAGAAGGACGAAGAAAGAAAGAAAGAGAAGAAAGAUCGAUAGCUUUAUAACAAAUAUUCUCUGUAGCUGUGCAAAAAGAUAGAAAGAGAAAAUGUUUCAAUUCCAUCAGCAUUAAAUGACAAACACUUAGUAUGAUAAAUAAAAAGAGCCGUAAUAAUAAAAUAGAUAACCGUAAAAUCUGCUGUAAUAAAAUAAUAUUUAAUGUAGUAAAAAGUUCGAGAGGUGAUUGUUAAUUUGUAAUAAUUAUUUCAGUAGCAGAUCAGAUACAAAGAAUAAAUAAAUAAAAGUAUAACAAACAAAAAACCGAUAUUCGCUUUUUUGCGUGUUCACUUGUCAAUAUACAUAUAUAUACAUAUACAUAUAUAUAAAAUUACGAAGGAAUAAAUUAAUCAAUUUACUAUAUUGAAAACUUUAUUCACAAUAUAUAUAAAAAAAAGAGGAACUUUCCAUUCCCUGAUACAUAUAUAACUAAUUGCGACGAUGAUGUUCGUUUAUGUUUUCACGUGGACUAUAGCUUAUCCUAUGAUUACUUACAUAUUAUGUAACUGAUAUAUUUGUAGAUAAAAAAAAAAAACAGAAAAUGAAAAGAGUAAAGAUUCAUGUAUAUACCCUGCGCGAAAUUAGUUCAGUUAAAAAAGAAAACAGAA